AAGUGUCCAUUUUGUUUUAUUAAUAUUAAGGAAUAAUUUGUUUUUCAAACAAAUUGAAUGUGUUCAAAGGUGCAUCUCCAAAUAGAAAGUUUUUAAAAUGCAUAAGAAAUUAGAUGGUGGCUCAGGAAAAAACAUUAUAAUUACACCCAUAUUCCACAUGUACCAUGAUUUACAUCCAGAACCAGUAGUUCUGGUUCUGGAUAUAAAUCACGGUACAUGUGGAAUAGUGGAUUUUUUCUUCUUUGGAAUCAUAUCUCAACAUUUUAUAAUUCCGAUUUAGAAAAAGGUUUAAAACUUGUUCCUAAACUAACAAGCGAUAAUAAAAACACCGUAUUCUGUAAUGAGAGUAUGACUUGCAUCCCAAGUAUUGAGCGAAACAGUCGGAAAUGUUUUAAAGCAGUUUGGACCACCAGAAGCUGCUGGAACAGCAGAAUUUUGUUUAAUGAUGAAUUUUGUUUAAUUUUGUUUAAUUUUGAUUGUCUAAAUGUAAAAAAUAGUGCUGAAUAUAUAACAAAAAGAAUGUUAUUUUUAAAACCAUAUGAAACAGUAGAUGAUUCACGAUUUACUUGGUUAUAUAACUUUCUCCUAUACUUUAAAUUGUGGAAAGAAUCUAUAGAUCAACGAAAAGGAAAUUUUGAUGAGAGCUCAAAAUCAAAAUUGUUUAUUUCUUCACAAACUUAUGAAGGUUUGCAAAUUACAGUGCAUUCAUUCAAAGAAGUUGUUAAAUUUUUACUUGAAAAUGGUGUUCAAUUUGUUUUUUCUGAGAGAUUCUGCCAAGAUGACCUUGAAAACUAUUUUGAUAGACAACGUACAAUUGGUUGCAGAAAAGAUAAUCCAUCUAUCAGAGAUUUUGGCUACAACAACAAUACAAUCAAGUUGCAGUUUUCAAUUCGUCCAAUUAAUGGUAAUGUUCAAUCUAACAUUAAUAAUAUCAUAGAUAUUGAAAAUAAUCCUUUACCAAAAAGAAAAAGAAGGUCGUUAAUUCAAAUUAAAAGCCAACAUUAAGCUCUUCAUUUUCACAUUUAUUGAUUAAAGAAAGGUUAUUUUCAUAACCACAAAAUGUUAAAAGCAUUAUUUGUCAUGACAUUAUGAUGACAUUAUGACAAAUCAGUCGGCCAAUAUAGACUAUUUGGACAAGUCAGCCGCAGUGGCACAUACAAAGGGGGGUGGAGGGGUAACUACUUCUAAGAAAUUUCAAGCUUCAAAAUAUUAUUGAUACAAUUAAAAAAUUUAAUAAAAAACACUGGAUCAAGGAGGGGGCCUAGGGGGACUAUAACCCCGGGCCCCGCAAAUUUGGGGGCCCCCAAAAUUUUUUGAGAACUUUUUUUUUUUAAGUCACUUUUAGGCUCUGGCUCAUAAAAAAGCCUCCAAAAACAACAAUAGCUCCAAAAAGUUUUAAUCCGUCACUACUAGGAGGGCUAGACUUACCCCCUUUAAGGGGAGUAAGCCCCCUCUCCCCUCAUAAGAACUUCAAACUAUUAACGAAAAAAUUAAAAAAAAAAUUUGAAAGUAAAAGUUAAGUUUUAUGCGUCAUUUAAAACGAGAAAAUCAAAAAGAUCCACGAAUGUACAACCAAUUUUCAAACAACAAUUCAAAUUUCUUCCAACAAAUUAAAUUUAAAUUUGAACGUCUAUUAUUAUAGAUGUGCUCAAAGCACAUCAAUGUUUUUGGCGAAAUUGGAAAUGGAGAGCUAACUUAGGCCAUUUAAUAAGUUACUUAUUAAAUGAUAAUCUUCUUGUGGCAGUGUACUGUUAAGGUGCUCUAAAAAGCCAUUAGGUCUGCUUGGGGCACCUUAAUAGAUUUAAAAAAAAAAAUCCAGGGAAACCAAACCGCCCCACCUUUUUUUCACCUACGAAUUUGUAAGUUCCUAAAUAUCAAAGAAACUGAUGACCUUUUAUUUUAGUUGACCAAAUAUGGUUUCCCCCUCCCCCAACCUUAAAAAACCCUGACAUUGCUGUAUUGGGGUUCUACCAAAAAAGAGGGUACUCUUCAAUAAACUAGGGGAUUUUUAAGAAUAAUAAAACGACGAUCUUAUACACUUCUUCGCUCCUUUACAAGAGGUGUUGGCAGUAUACUUUUUUUGGGUUUGGGGCUAUUAAUGUUUUAGAAGUUUUUUUAUGUGCCAGAGGCUAAAAUGUCUACAAAAAAAGUCCUUUAUAAUAUUUUAUACACCCUAAAUUUUGGGGCUCGGGUCAAUAUGCAGCAGUGUUGUAGUGGUAAGAGCGCUCGCUUUGUAUGCGAGAGGUUUGGAGUUCAACAUUUAGAGUACCGCGUUCAACUUAACUUCUCCGCGCAGCGGUCUUGCUUGUCAAGGUUUGUGUUUCGGAGUUAAAGAGAGUUGAGAGUUAAAGAGAGUUAAGAGAGGGUUGUACCACAAUUUAAAAAAAAAUAAAAUAAAAUAAACACAAAAAAUUAGUAGCCUCCUCGGCUGUAGUGGCCCCGUCGUGCCUUGGAAGGGUGAAUAACUAAAAAAAAAAAAUAGCCCCCUCCCUUAAUCCGCCACUGGGUGUUUGAAAUGAACUUGAAAAUAAAAUAACCGAUUUUAAUACAUUUAAUUGAAAUAAUAAACUAAUCAAGAAAAAGGAAAAAAAUUAUAUUGAUUGAUCCACACAAUGAUGGAACAACGCAUGACAUAGAUAGAUAAUAACAUUUUUAAAAUCGAGCAAAGAAAAAUUACAGAAUUUUUUAGGCGGGAGGAGGGGCGCAACCAUGAAGGAAAAAAAUAUAAAUUAUUACCAGGUGGGUUAAUAUUUCAUAUUUGGUUAGUUAUAGUUAUUAGUGAACAUUAUAUAAAUAUAGUUAAUGUAACCAUAAUAGUGAACGUUAAGCUGUUGUAGUAGAAACAAAUAAAUUUGGUUAAAAAAAAUAAUUAAUGCAUGUUACUAUCCAGUAACAGUAUUUGAUAAAAUAUUAAAGUUCAGUAUUAAAUAAACAAUUGGUACAAAAAAUAAUUUUCAAUAAAAAAAUAAUAAAUUGCUGGGUAACACGUACACUUAAUUAAUAAUUCAAUAAAUUUAAUAACUGCAUAUAUAUAGUGUCAGGUUAGGU